AUGGCCACAAAUGACGAUGAAGAUAUCUCUCCCGCCGACCUCCAGGUCCCGGUCCAAUUCGCCAACUACGACGACCUGACCGAGGCGGACAUGGUCAUCAGGUUGGAAGAGUGGAAACAAAAGGCUUGCCAUGUUCUGAUCGGCCUAAGUGAGCGAGUACGCUUGCAGCAAGACGGCUUGGACUCCUCAGAACACGCCAGAGUGAUCUACACGGUUGCUGCGUUUUACGGCGACGGUCCAUGGGUUCUAGCUGCGUCUCGAGAAGCAGCUAAAGGUAUGUUCUCCCUCCUGAAGGUUGAUCACCGCGUCCUCUCAGAACACAUCAAGCCUGUGUUUCGAGCCAACCCGCAUCCAUCCCUCAAUGUCGAGACUGGUCGCAAGCUUCCCCAAGACGCUGGCGGUCCUAUGGGAUUCCUCGACUAUCUCGAGGGUCAGGUGUGGAAAUCAUACCCGGCUAUCGCAAAUGUCAUUUCUUGGUGCCUAUUGCAGACCGAUCAAGGUGCAAUCGACAAGCUGUGGCAUCUCUUCAUCCCCCCGAUAAUGACAUUCCUCGACGAUCAUGUUGCCAAGUACAAGUUACAAGGCGUACGGCUCGCUGCUCAGUUGCUAGAUGUGGCCCCACCGGAUCUCCUGCGGCGUACGGGGAUCGAUAUUCUCCUCCGCAACUCCUUCAAGACGGCUCUGACGUUCCUACACAACCCCGAAACUCCACAGUUGAUCCGUGCCACAGUGCGAGCGUAUCUUAGGCUCACCGCACUCACAACUGCCAACGGAUCUGAGGCUCGCUUCGAACAUCUAAGUUCUCUUUUGGGCGACAGUAUCAUGGGGAACGUGUGGGUUCAUGCCGCAAGGGAUCCUGACUCGUUGCAGGCCUCCGUUGAGGUGCUCCCAGAAAUCAUUGGCUUCCUGGGGAUCGGAACGUCACGGUACCUGAAGGGCCUUAUUCCUCAACUCGUCUACACAAUCACCCCGUCCGCCGAGAAUGGGGCUCAGGUGAUAUACAAGCUAUCAUCCUUGACAGCCCUCGGCGCAGUUAUGGACGCAUGCGCUCCUCGGAUACGUAGAUGGAAAUCCGUCAUAUUAGAUGGUCUCCUCCGAUGUUGGGUCGAGUUGGCGGAGCAAGGCCCGAAGGAGACUGGCGCGUAA